AUGGCCGAGAUAGUAGGGCUAACCGCAAGCAUCAUCGCCAUUGUGGAACUAUCAGCCAAACUUGCGACAUACUCCAAUGAAGUGGGAAGUGCCAGAGGUGAUAUCAGCCGCCUCCAGAGCCAGCUGGGGAGCCUGGAUAUUAGCCUGAAAGCUGCUCAGCGCCUCAUCAAUGAACCAAAGAAUCACGCUCUUGCGACAUCGAGAUCGCUUAUUGACUCUCUUAACAAGUGCCAAGCAGAAUUGGCACGAGUUCAGGAUAAGCUAGACCCUAGCAGUGCUCGAAAGGCUAUACGUCGAUUUGGAUUCCGAGCCCUCAAAUGGCCAUUUGACAGCAAGGAAGUGAGUGAGCUCAUCAACAGCCUUGAGCAAUACAAGCAGACCAUCACACUAUGUUUGCAAGUCGACCAAACUACAAUCUUGCUUAACAUGUCGCAGAAAGUCGAAGGCAUGUCGCUCAACCACAGCGAUCAGCGAUCCACUAGUCGGACACCAUGUUUCAACGUGCCAUUUGAUCGAGACACUGAUUUUGUCCACCGGCCCAAUAUCACUGACUGGCUCGAUGAAAAAUACAAUGGCCCCUCAAACCGUAUGGCGCUUGUGGGCUUGGGCGGGCUUGGCAAAUCACAGGUUGCCAUACAUUUUGCGCAUCAGAUCCAAGAGCAGACACCAGAGAGUAGCGUUUACUGGGUGCAUGCAAGUUCGAACCCGAGGUUUGAAGAAGGCUAUCGCUAUAUUGCUGAAAGAAAUGAGUUACCGAGGCGAAAUGAUCCUCAAGUUGACGUACUUGCACUAGUCCGUGACUGGCUGCAGACAGAGGAAGCCGGUUCAUGGCUGAUGAUACUGGACAACGCUGAUGACAUUAACCUCUUUUAUCUAAACGAGGAUAAUGGGAAAUCCGCAGCCGCCAGUGUGGUGGGUGGAAUUACCACUGCAACAACAGACCAGCGACUAUUGGCUGCAUACCUACCAAAACACCGAAACGGCAGCAUUCUUGUCACAUCCCGAAGCCUGGAUGUUGCUGAGAAGCUGACAGGGAGUCAUAAAAAUAUCUUCCAGGUCUCUGUCAUGGAUGACGACCAGGGUCUUCAACUUCUUUACAGCAAGCUCAUAGGGGAAUGCGAUGGGAGCAUUGCUAUUGAACUUCUUCGGAACCUGGACUUUAUACCAUUGGCAAUCACACAAGCCGCAGCGUAUAUCAACCGACGUUCUCCCCGAGAGUCGGUAAAGACAUAUUUGACUACUUUCCGGGAGAGUGAUCAAAAUAAGAGGAACCUUUUGAAUAGAGACGCAGGGGAUCUUCGGCGCGACGAAACCGUUUCCAAUUCUGUCAUCACAACAUGGCAAGUUACCUUCGAACACAUUCGUCGGGAGAAGCCAUCCGCAGCAAAGCUCCUCUCAUUCAUGAGCUUUUUCAAUCCUCAUGGUAUCCCGAUAUUCGUGCUCCGUGACUACAGCACAACAUCAGGACCAGAAGCCAACGUCGAAACUGCCAGCUUUGAGGAUGAUCUCGACGUGCUUCGUGGCUACUCUCUCGUCACGGUGAUAGCAUCUACGGACUUGUGCGAAAUGCACGCCAUGGGCCGAGCAAAUGACGCAGAAGGAAUCCUGGUAACAGUGCUGGCAACGCAGAAGAAGUUGUUGGGCGAGGAGGAUCUCGAUACCUUGACAAGCAUGGCACAACUUGCAGCGUCAUACGAGAAACAAGGUCGGUAUGGCGAGGCAGAAGAUAUCGGUGUUCGAGUGCUGGAAGCGUACACGCGAAUUUAUGGCAAAGAGCAUUAUGCGACCUUACUAUUAACGAUGGACCUCGCAAAGGUGUAUGAGCGCCAGGGCCGUUUGAGCGUGGCAGAGUAUAUACUAGCACCAUCAGUGGUAUUGCAGAAGAAGGUAUUGGGCAAGGGGCACCCUGUCACCCGGAGCAGCAUGAAAUUGCUGGAGAAGAUUUCGACACGCCAAGGCCGGCUCGAAGAGGCUUCAGCCCUGUUCCAAUAA